CAAACGCUGGCUUCACAUCGCUGCUGAACGCGGAUCCAGACCGAUUUUUAGCUGCUGCAUAUCUUCAAAUUCACCGUAAAUCACUCUUCUAGGGUUUGAGUGAAAUUCAGAGGACAUAUACAGACCAGGUUCUGCUGCAAUUUCCCCUUUUAAGCCAUUGUUAAAGCGUUUAUAAGUAUAAAACAGGGGUGAGAUGGCUGACAGCUGAUUGUUAGCUAGAGCUGUUCAUACAGAACAACCUGAAACAUAAACAACAACAACAACAUCAUCAUCAUCAUCAUCAUCAUCUCCACUUGCUGCGGGUCACUGAACUGGUCCACUCCUGCUUUAUUUGACCAUGAUACAUUUCAACAACCGCUGUUAAGAUUCACAUAUAUCCUGGAAACCUGCUGUGAGUAAAAGUGGACCAGGAGAAAAAGACUGACUUUAUUACCUUGCUCGGGUGAAUAUCUCACUGCCCAGGACAUGACGGGCCCACGGCGGAAGGUCACCAGGACUCAGAGUUUGUGGGGAGGAACGUUCAGCUCGCUCGGACAUGAGGAACACAAAGACUAUAUCAAUGAGCUCUCACAUGAGGUGCUCUGCCACAUAUUUCGGUACCUGCCCAUGCAGGACAUAAUGUGUAUGGAGUUUCUGUCACGUAAACUGCGGGAGGCAGUGACUCUGUACUUGCGAGUGGUAAAGGUGGUGGACCUUUGUGCCAGCCGGUGGUGGGAGUAUAUGCCCUCAGGUUUCACAGACUCCAGUUUCCUCAUGCUGAUGAAGAAGAUGCCUGAUUUGGAGCAGCUGUAUGGUCUUCAUCCACGUUACCUAGAGAGAAGGAGGGUUAGAGGUUAUGAGGCUUUCAGUAUUCCUGGUGUUUUGGAGGCUCUACAGGCCUGUCCUAACCUUAUUGGUGUGGAGACAUCACAUCUGGAACUGGUGGAGGCGAUAUGGAACUACAUGCCUCAGGUUCACAUUCUGGGCAAAUUCAGGAACCGAAACGGGGCUUUUCCUAUUCCAUCUGAGAACAAACUCACCAUUCCAGUGGCAGCUAAAAUCCAGACUCUCCAUCUUGUCGGUGUAAACGUGCCAGAGAUCCCCUGUCUGUCCAUGCUUCGCCAUCUGUACCUAAAAUGGGUGCGCCUCACUAAGCCUCAGCCCUUUAAAGACUUUCUCUGUGUAAACUUGCGUACAUUCGUCAUGAGGAACUGUGCUGGUCCCACCAAUUCUCUAAAGUAUGUGCCUCUUGUCACUGGUCUGGCCUCCGCCCGCAACCUUGAGCAGCUGGAGCUGGUGAGGGUGCCCUUCUUAGGGGGACUGAUUCAGCAUGUGGUGGAGGACAGCUGGAGGUCAGGGGGGUUUCGUAAUUUGCACACAAUUGUAUUUGGUGCCUGUAAGAAUGCACUUGAAGUCGACCUGGGCUACCUCAUCAUUACUGCUGCUCGCAGAUUGCACGAAGUUCGAAUCCAGCCUUCCUUAACCAAAGAUGGGGUGUUCUCCGCACUGAAAAUGGCUGAACUGGAGUUCCCCCAGUUUGAGACUUUGCACAUUGGAUAUGUUGAUGAGUUCUUAUUGCAGUGUAAAAUGAGCCAUGCUGAGUUAGUGAAAUAUGGUCUUGCUGAUGUGAUUGAGAAUCCAGGAAUCAUCACAGACAUUGGAAUGAAGGCUGUUAAUGAGGUGUUUGCCUCCAUCAAGUAUCUUGUUAUUUAUAACUGUCCACAUCUUCAUAACCCACACAACUGGAUUACAGAUCACUCUCGCUGGAGUCGGUUGGUGGACCUCAGUCUGGUGCGCUGUCAUGCUAUCAAGCUAGAGUCUUUCAGUCAGUUCAUCGAGAUGCUUCCCAGCCUGGAAUUCAUCUGUCUGGACCAGAUGUUUCGUGAGCCGCCUAAGGGGUGUGCGCGUGUGGGACUCAGUGCAGGCACAGGUAUCGGUGUAUCAUCUGCCCUGGUCAGCAAUCAAAAUUCCAACAACGAUAAUGACAACAAUAACAACAACAAUCACCAGAACAAUAACAAUGCAAAUAUUCCACCAAAUAACAAUGACAAUCAGGCAGAAGACGUUCCUCAACAAAAUCACCGAGGUGCAGAGGAGAUUCCUGAUGUAGAGGGCAUGGUGGCAGAGCCUGUUCUUGUGGCUGGCAGUCUAGCAGACGACACCCAAGGUUCCAGCCAGACUACUAAUCCUUCACCUGAGCAGGAUGAGGAACAAGCAGGGCCUAGUGGAGUUCAGACUGCUGUGAAGAAGCAGUCAGUGGUGGUGUCGGACUCAGACAGUGAGGACGAGUACAGUCCAGUCAGGACGCAGGGUGCCGCCCGCUCUCAAGGCCAGUACGCUGAGACAGAAGCCCAGGAGAAGAGCAGCACAGCUGUGACUCCACAUGGUAAAGGAAAAACGCCACUACGUAGGCGUGGCCCACAGCCUCAUGAGCCAAGCUGUGAGAAAGGCUGUCAGGUAACCAGCGAGCAGAUCAAGGCCGACAUGAAGGCAGCCAGUGAGACAGCUGAGUGUGGGGCCAGAGACGGAAACAGUGGGGCUGGACCUGCUACAGGCUAUGCUUCUGGGAGCUGCGUUUGCUCCAUUCGCUGGAGGGAAGAUUCAGCCAAUCAGGAGGACCAGGGUGGGGCGGGUAGGGGGGAUGAAGACAUGGUUAGGACAAGCUGCACAUGCAACAGGUCUCGUUCUGCCUCUGUAAACUGGACUCGCAGUGGCCACAACCAGCCAGCAGGGGGUGACAACUGCAGGCCAGAACAUCACAGCCAGGAGCAGAGAGCAGUGGGAGAUGAGAUGGAGGGCAGGCACUCCAACACUCCAUCCAGAACUCAGAGCUCAUCUGAGGGCCAUGCAGGCCACCAGCAGGGCCUGAGAACAGAUUCAUCACACAGAACCCCAACAGAUGAGUUCCCCAGGAGACCAGUCACUCGUGCCAGCAGCAGACUUUCCUCUGUGCCCCUGGUGUAUGAGUCAGAGCUCCCCAAAGCAAAGCCACGGCCUGCAGUGAAGAGGAAACGUAUGGCAGACAAGUCCACCAGCACCAGUGACCCUGUGACUGAAGAUGACCACGUGCAGGUUCUAGCCCUUAAAUCUAAAAAUCUGGUGGGGAUCACACUUACAAACUGUGGCAUCACAGACCUAGUCCUUAAGGAGUGCCCCAAAAUGAUGUUUGUCCACGCCACACGCUGUAGGGUGCUGAAACAUCUGGUAGUGGAAAGUGCGCCUAUAGUGAAUCGCUUUGACUACGCGCAAUGUAAAAAGAUGGACAUUAUGCAGGUACUGGAUCAGAUCUUGCGAAUGCCCCCGGAGAGAAACCGCAUCAUUUACAUGAGGCCCAUGCAGCAGAUUGACUCUCUGGCUCUGGAGAAAAAGCUCUUCAGUGGUCCGUACCCAUACCAUAUUGCUAUUAUCCAUGAGUUCAGCAACCCACCCAAUGUCAGGAACAAAGUGCGCGUGCGUAGCUGGAUGGACACUAUUGCCAACAUUAGCCAAGAACUCAUCAAGUAUGAAUUCUUUCCGGAGGCCACACGGACAGAAGAGGAUGUAAAGAAGUAUCCCAACUAUCCCUGGGGACGAGACAUCUACACAUUAGAGGGAGUAGUAGAUGGGGCACCAUACUCUAUGAUCACAGAUUUCCCAUGGCUUCGUUCUUUACGCACAGCAAAGCCCAACAGUUACGCUCGAUAUGACUUUGAGGAUGAUGAAAGCACCACUAUCUAUGCGCCACGGCGUAAAGGACAGCUAUCGGCUGACAAUUGCAUGGAAACGAUCGGUGAGGAGAUCUCAGAGCGGCGGCAGACAUGUAGGGGCGUUUUCCAGCGUGUAGUGGUCAUCUUCAUCCACUACUGUGAUGUUCGUGGAGAACCAGUGGACGAUGACUACAUCUAGAACAGUCACUGCUCAGCCAGAGGGCCUGGAGACGCUGAAGGACUCUGAUUCAGCCCUCUGCCAGACUCUGAUCACCCCUGCUGCCUUCUGUAUGAGAACAGAGAGGCAUCUUACACAGCCUCAGUGUUGAAUACCAGGCAUUUCCAGUUGCCUUUAUAUCUGAGUCUACUUGAAACUGAUAGUGAUCGCUUUGAGUCAUCCAUUGUCAGCGAUUGCUUUCAUGUGUGAAGUUGAUGGACUGAUAAACUGUAGAAUAAUUGUGUCUUGUGCUUUGCUUGUGUGUCUCUUCUCGUCAUGAAAGAGGAAUGGCAGCCUGGCACUGACCUGCAGCACACUUGCUGUAAAGAGGGGGUGAUGGUGUCGUCAGCUGUUUAAUUUGUUAACAGUUGUGCAUGAGGGAAAAGACAUGUAGAGCCACGACAGGUGGUAAGUGAAAUCACUUGUUUGGGUUUUGGUGGAAACAGAAAUAAAUCCCAUGGUAGAUUUCUUUUCCUGAGCUUAUAUAUAUAUAUAUAUA